ACAAUCCCAAAAGUGUUAAUGGAAAAAACCCGGAGAGAAGUGGAGAUCGGAGACCGUCUCCUGCUCCCCCCCUUCCCCGUCCCUCUCCUCGUGGGUGAGAGUUUCUCCUCCUGGGGGGGAUGCACAUUGGUUUAUUUAUUUUGAAGGCUGCAAAAGUCUGAGGAUUGAAGCACCACGUGCUGCUGACUCUCAUCAGCAUAAUGAUCGCCUUAGCCAGAGAGUCCUGUAUAUAUAAACCACAAAAACCUAAUCAUUAGAAAUCCCAGCCUCCAAAAACCACAUUCAGGACAAAAAAACUGUGGCGUGGGUUUGUUAUUUUUUUUUCCGGCUCCUUCAUCUUCCCCGACCUCAACUUCUUGGGACCCAAAAGAAGUUUGUAACUUUUGGUUGCUUUUUUUCAUAAUUAUUAUUUUUAACCCGAUUUUCCAGAAAGAAAAAAAAAACUCAAAGAAAGCGACAUUUUAAUGUUUUUUGUUUUUUGGUGUUUUUUUGGGGUUUUUUUGCUGCUGUUGUUCAUCAAGGGCGGAAAAAAAAAAAAAAAACCAAGAUUUUUGUUCGCCUAUUCAACUCAACGGACUUGGAUCCAGCAGCGACUUCAUGUGAAGGACCGGGCUGCACCGAGGCUGCCUUUUCCUAGAAUUUGCUUUGUCAUAUUUUAGAAAUCAGCCUAAGGAAGGGUGUUUAAUUGUUGUGUUGAUUGUUUUUUUUUUUUUUUCUCAGCUAUGAUCCCCGCUUCUUUUUCCCUGAGAAUCCGAAAGUUCAAAUUUUUUUAGGUCCUGAUCCUCCGAAAGGAACUAGCUAAAAAGUCUCUUUUAAUUAUCAGCCCUGUGACUUUCCUCUUCACCCCAACAAGCCCAGUAACUUGGUUUCCCCGCCGAAAUCGCUUCUGGAGCGCCUUUUUUUUGGAGGGGGGGAGCCACUCUUCUCAAGCCCCUUCCCGAGCUCCCGCUUCCUGAAGCCAAAGGCAAUAAGCGGGGGAACCCAGCGGCUCCUCGCCUCUGUCCCAGCGAGGCUUUUUGUUUGCUCCCUUUUUUUUUUUUCUUUUUUUUUUUUUUUUUCUCCUGCGUGUGUGUCCGGAGGAGGAAGAUUUCUUCGGAGGAAACCGGGACGUUCCCCUGAACCCCCCCUCUCCUCUCCGCUCCUCUCCGGGGCUGAGUUACGCUACGAUUCUGGCGGCCAGCAGCAGCAGCAGCCCAGGAAGCUGAACCAGCAGCGAGUUUUACUUCUCCCAAGACAAUUUUUGGAAAAUCCGAAAAGGAAAAGAAGACGUGGAGGGAGGGGAAGAAAAAAAGGAAGAAACUCGAGCACUUGAGGGAAGAAGCGGUGGCAAGAAGGAGGGAAAAGAGCAGAGAGACUGUGCGAGAAGGAAGGAAGGAAGGAGGAGGAGAAGCGGCAGCGCUUUGCAGCUGGGCAGAAGCCGGGACCAUGCAGUUUCCAGCCGGGCUGUGCUGAGAGGGGCAGCCCCGGACCCACCGCCAGCCUCUGCCUCCUUGCUGCUCCAGUCUGCAGGCGCCCCCAGACCGGCAUCACCCCUCGCCCCGUCCAUCUCUCUUUUGAAAAAAAAAAAAAAAAAAAAAAAAAACCAAACCAAAACAAACCAAAAACAGACUGAGAUUUUUUUUUCCUCGUGCGUUUAAUCCGCUCCUUUUUUUUUUAAUUUUUUUGUCUGAUUUGCUUUUUUUGCCCCUCAUCCUCACCGCUCCACUUUUUCAUUCACCCCUUUUUUCGCUAGAUAUAUUUUUUUUUACAACCCCCACCCCCCACUACACGCCUCCUCUACCAGCGAUCCCCCUACCGCUCCCCCCCCCCGCCCCCCAAUUCGCUAACUUGUGGCUGUUGUGAUGCGUAUUCCCGUAGAUCCCAGCACCAGCCGGAGGUUCAGCCCCCCCUCCAGCAGCCUGCAGCCCGGCAAGAUGAGCGAGGUCAGCCCGGUGGUGGUAGCCCAGCAGCAGCAGCAGCAGCAGCAACAGGACGCGGCGGCCGCCGUGCCCCGGCUGCGCCCCCACGAUAACCGCACCAUGGUGGAGAUCAUCGCUGACCACCCCGCCGAGCUGGUCCGUACCGACAGCCCCAACUUCCUCUGCUCCGUCCUGCCCUCGCACUGGCGUUGCAACAAGACCCUCCCGGUGGCGUUCAAGGUGGUGGCCUUAGGAGAAGUGCCCGAUGGGACGGUGGUGACCGUCAUGGCAGGAAACGACGAGAACUAUUCUGCAGAGCUGCGAAACGCUUCUGCUGUGAUGAAGAACCAGGUGGCCAGAUUUAAUGACUUACGAUUUGUGGGCAGAAGUGGAAGAGGGAAGAGCUUUACUUUGACAAUAACUGUCCUGACAAAUCCCCCCCAAGUCGCUACAUACCACAGAGCUAUAAAGGUUACAGUGGAUGGGCCAAGAGAACCAAGAAGGCACAGACAGAAGCUUGAUGACUCUAAGCCUAGUUUGUUCUCUGAGCGCCUCAGUGAUUUAGGGCGCAUUCCUCAUCCCAGUAUGAGAGUAGGGGUCCCGACCCAGAGCCCACGGCCCUCUCUGAACUCUGCACCAAGUCCUUUUAAUCCACAAGGACAGAGUCAGAUUACAGACCCCAGGCAGGCGCAGUCAUCCCCGCCAUGGUCCUAUGACCAGUCUUACCCAUCCUACUUGAGCCAGAUGACUUCACCGUCCAUUCACUCCACAACUCCCCUGUCCUCCACUCGAGGCACGGGACUUCCAGCCAUUACCGAUGUGCCCAGACGCCUCUCAGGUGCUUCAGAGCUGGGCCCAUUUUCAGAUCCCAGGCAGUUCACAAGCAUUUCAUCCCUCACUGAGAGCCGCUUCUCCAACCCACGAAUGCACUAUCCAGCCACCUUUACCUAUACACCGCCAGUCACCUCAGGCAUGUCACUGGAGUUUUGUAAUAACUAGUGAGUACUUUUGCCAACAAGGAGAGAACGGACUCCCCGGCUAUCAGGAGAAACAUGGUGAUGCAAGGCAAAGGCUGCAUUCCUUUUUAUUUUAAUAGAAAACCAAAACUAACCAUGAACUCCAGAUACAGUUGCAAUCAUACAACGUAUGGGACCCUCUCCACACCUGUAGUGCAAUUCACCUGGUUUGUAUUGGUGCACAUAAAAAGGAAAGCAAAGAGCAAGUUGCUUCCAUUUUGCUAUGAUCCAUUCAGACGAAAACAGCUGUCCCAAAAAACUCUGUCCGAGCCUUGCUGCGGAUAACAGUUGGAAUUUCUGUGUUCAUUGCUUUCUUGGUUUGUUUUUGGGUACUUAAAGAGAAUGAGUUUUCAAGUUAGGUGAGCCAACCCCGGGGUUUCCUUUUUGCUUUUGUAUCCGGUCGUUUUGCCUUCGAUUAGCCAAAAACCAAAAAUAAUAACCAAAACCUUGAAAAACAAAAAAACAAAAUGUUGUUACUUAUGCAAAAUAUGAGAAUGGCAAUAUAUAUUACUAGAGCCAAAAUGGUAUACAUAGUAUUUGUGUUCGGCUAUGUUCUUUUUUAUUUUUUUUUUAAAUUAUAAAUGUGUAAAAUUUGAGGUUGUUUGCUAACAUGAAUCAUCAUUUAAGUUUAAAAGAAUAUUUAUAAUUAUUUAAUGACAUUUGGACCCUUUAAACGUUUCUUAAUGUAAUGAUAUAUUGACUUCGGUCUCUAAAAGUGUUUUUUGUUUCGUUUAGUUUUUUUUUUAUUACAUUUCUGCAAUAGUGUAAACCUCAGACCUUUACCCAACUCUGAAAAGCAGUUCCAGUGUGAACCAGUUUACAAUGUGACUUAAAAACAACAAACCCAACCUAAAUGCAUCCACAUCAAAUGAUUUUGGAUGUAGGAUCUUUUUAUAUUACUUAUGAAGGAAAUAUUGUGUUUAAAAUAUUUUUAUUAGCUGUCUGGUUGCCUUCAACACAGUCUUGCCUUUUAAUCAGUAGUUGUGGAGACACUGGAAAAAUGGUAGGAAGGAUGAAAUAUUUUCCACCCUUCCCCUAAUUUCUUCUUCUCCAAGGAUUUUUUCUCAGAACUUCAAAAUUUGAAAAGAUUCAUAUUUAAAAUGGUCUAUUUUGACAGCAUAAUUUGGAUUUCAACAGGGUUUUUUUUUUCCCAAAGAAAAAUCAAAACCGUUUCAAAGCCCUUAUUUUGCAAAUUAUGAAUUGUUAAAUAUCUCAGAAGUGGGAUUAAGGGAGAAAUGGUGAAACAUUUUCCCCUCCCCUUGCAAUUUCAGCCCACUUGGUGGAAUUAAAAGGUUUCAAACUUGAGACAGAAACUGCCUGGUAGCGAGUCACCACCCGUUAGCAUUAAAUGCGGGAGAGGUGCAGAUGCUGUGGUGGCUCCGAAGCUGAUGUGGCUGUUGCCGUGUUAGAGGGACGAGCACAAGGGCAGCAAUACUCACCUCUGCCCACACAGAAGACACAAACUCACCUUCAAAGCCACCCUGGGGCUCCCAGGGGCGGUACAAGCAGCACCCAAACCCCAACCUGUCUGUGGCCAAACUACCCCGCAGAGAGGCCACAGUUUUGCCCAGCCCAGGGCUGCCAUGGCUUGCAGGGAGGUGACAUGGCAUUGGCUGGACGUGGUGGGAGCUGAGUCAGCCUCCCCACGCUCUCCCCAGGCAGGUGUUAAGCCUGGCUUAGUGGGAUGUUCAGCAAGUGCCAGUGGGCUGGGCUUAAGCUCCCUCCUUCCACUGCCUCAGUCACCGCUGCCCACAGCCUCCUCCAAGCUGCUCCUUGGGUGAUCUUUGGCUACCUCCAAAGUAUGGCAGCACAUCAACGUUGGGCACAGCCACACAGAGCCGGACACCACCGCCACUGCUCGUUAGCAGCGAAGCUGUUAACGAGCUGCCAUUAGCAUGGUACAGCCCUCCAAUCUGCGUGAUGACGUGCUCUUAAAAAUAAUAAAUUAAUAAAGUCUUUGCCUUCUAAAGGUUGUAUACCAAGUAUGCUUAAAGUAUAAGUAAGACACUUUGUUUUUCUUCUAAUACUUAGUUUUCCUUCAAAGAUGGAAGCUGUAAUUGAUUCUAUUUAUUGUUGGUUUGUGGUAGCUUGAAGCAUACCACCGUCCAUUUAUUUGUAACUGUAAAGUAACGUUUGUUAGUCUCAGCAGCACUUAAAAAAAACAGUGUCUGGUUACACAUUUCAGUUUUGUUUUUUGUUUAGUAAGCAAGAGAAAAAGAGAUGUACUGCCAGUGCAAGCUGUUUCCUAUUUAAUAAAAGGUACUAUAUUUGUACAUUAUUUGUUAUUGCUGAGAAGGGCUUUUUAAGGUUUACUGUAUGCAUAUUAAGUAAUUUUUAGGGUGCUUUUGUGUCGAAAUGUUGUUAAGAGUGGCUGCAGGCAGCAACCCAGAUUUUCUUUUUUUUUUUCCUUAAGACUUUGUUGUAAAAUUCAAGCACUUGGUUUUUGUUUCUGGAUAAAUCCAGCACAGACCAGACUUUUGUUUUGCCCAAUACCAACAGGACUCUGUUUGUGUCCCCGUGGUUUUUCAACUGGACCUUUAGGGACAAACGUUGAAAACGCUCUCUCCUCCCAUUCAAGGCACGCAUGCCUGAUCAAGUAGAUCAGUGCCCUAGUCUGACCUGGCUCUGACUGCUUGAGAUAGGAAGGAAAGGAUUUUCUAAGCACCUGUGGACAGAGGAGCACCAGCCCCUUGACUUUCAGGAGAUCCCCAAGCUCCUGGACCCUCCUGGUGCCUUUGGAAAAUCUGUCCCAGUACAUCAGGCUGGUCGUGGAGGGAGUCGUACAAGCUCUGAUGAGGCAGAGACGCUCAUCAGAGCUUUCAGAAAAUGCUUUCAAGUUCACUUGGAAAUGCUCUUGAAUCAGAUUUUCAGACCCAACCAGUGCUAUGUAGUGAAUCAUAUCAAUUUAUCUGAGCUUUCGUGAGGUGCUUGGCAUCACAGAACAGAGUUUUCUCAAAGGUACGACAGCCCUUCCCUUCGGGCAGGGGCAAUCUUUGGCACCCGUCAUAGACUUAAAGAAAAAAAAUUGCCUUUUUUUACCUUCCAGCUUCUUAUCCUACCAAAGACUUACUUACAGCACAACAGGCACAAUGUCCCUUUUGCUGAACGAAGGAUUAAAUCCUUCUCUCCCUCCCUCUAAGGGUAACCAGAUUGGGUGCAGUGGGUAGGGACAGAAGAGUAAAGGAAAUUAUUUAUCCAACAGCAUAAUUCAUGUGGUGUUUAUCGUUUCCUUUAAAAGCCCAGCUGCUGCGUCUUUCUUAGCAUUGAACCUUUGUUGCCAGCAGUCCCCUGAGCAAAGAUUUACCAUUUUCCACAGGUACCAUCAGGAGUGGGGAGAAUUUUUGCACUUUCACCCUAAGCAAAGCAAGGCUCAGUCCCAUGCUGGGCUGCAGCAGCAGCAAGCCAUGAGCAAAAGCAAUAAUUAAACCUGGAUCAGCCAUGAGCUCAAAGAAGUCCCAUUCUCUGCCCCCCUGAAUUUCUUGUUGUUUUUAAAUAGAAUGCAUUUCAGUUUAACAUUUUCUGAGACUUUUUUUAGAUGUUUGUUUACUUCCAUGUUUACAGAUAACUCUUUGCUUUUUUUUUAAUGCAGUACUUUUAAGUAUAUCAGCCAAAACCAUACUUUUACAGUAACUUUAGGUAAUAUGAGUGACAUUCCAAUUUUUUUUGUUGUUAAAUAUGCUUUACCAAUCUUGAAUUUCCGCUGGAACAAAAUAUUUGUAGCAUUUUGUGUAAAUACAAGCUUUAAUUUUUUAUUUUUUCAAAUGCUGUCACCCAAGAUUUGCUUUUCAUGCACAUAUUGUACAAACACUCUGCUUUAUGCCACAGACGAUGAUUGUGGAUCAGUUUACUUCAACUUCAAAGGGACUAUUUGUAUUGUAUGUUGCAACUGUAAAUUGAAUUGUUUGGCAUUUUCUCAUGAUUGUAAUAUUAAUUUGAAGUUUUAAUUUCAUUUUCAAUAAAAUGGCUUUUUUUUUUUUUGUUAA